AUGAGCGGAAGAUGUGAAGAGUGCGGUGCAUCCACAGUAUGGGACGCAGACGUCGGUUCCGCCAUCUGCCUACAGUGCGGUACGCUCGCCGACCCGACACAAAGCGUGCUCGCGUCGCACCUCGAGAAUACAGAUGUAUCCGGUCGCGAAUAUGCGCCCUGGGCUAACAUACCCGGGGGGAGCACGCUGCGAGGGCGAAACGGCUGGGCACUGUCCGGCCAGGGAAAGGAGUCGCGGGAUCGCAAGAACACGAUCGCUAUGCACGAGUUCAUACGAACUAUUGCCACGCGUCUCUCAAAUCCCGGGUUGACCACCCGCGCGCAAGGCGUAUUCGAUCAGGCCAUGCGUCUCGGAGAGUAUCGCUGGGGCCGCAAAGCCAAGCUCACCGCAGGCGCCGCACUCGCCAUCGCUCUGCGCGAGUCUCACAAAAGCGACUCCAUCCGUGACAUUGCAUACCUGCUCGACGAACCGCCAGUGGCAAUCUCCCGCGCGUUCACCAAGGUCAUAGCGCUGCUCCAGCUCGGCCUGUCCACCACCGACCCCGCCGUCCAUCUCCCGGUGCUCCAGACGUACCUCGUGUCCCUGCUCGACGGCUCAGGCGGCGCGGCCGCUGCACUGCCUGCGCAGCUCGUAAAGGUGCUUUCUCCUCUCAUUCCGCGCUUCCCCAGUGUUAUCCAUACCGCGACAGCGCUCUCAAGUCUGCUUGCACGCACGCACACCUUCGCCCACCUCCCCACGGCGCCGACCGCGUGCGCGCUGUUCAUGCUCGCCCUCGAAGCUGAGCUCUCGUCAUCGCUGCCGAACGCCGGUGCGUUCGCUCCGAUACUCGGUGCACGUCUGGGGGCCGGCAAGGGCGUGGUAAUGCAGCGGUACAAGCAGAUCUAUGACCUCGUAGAGGAAUGGAUCCGGGAGGUGCCCUGGCUCGACGCGCACGAGCGCAAGCGGGCCAAAGGCAGGGAAGGCGAGGGGCGUUCCAAGGUCGCGAAGCGCGUCGUCGUCGCCCGCGGGCUCAAGGACGUCGUGCGGUUCCAGGAAGAGAUCUGGCGGAAGCGAGUCGAGCACGAGGGGAGGCCGCUCGUCCGGCUCGAACUCGACGAGAAGGACGCGGGCGCGAGUGGCAGCGGAGACGAGCGUGACGGAAGCGAGGCUGGCGGAAGGUCCCCGCGGGGGACGUCCGUCCUUGGGGACGACACCCCUCCUCGGAAGAAGGCCAAGCCGCGCCACCCGAGGACUGUCGUCGAUGCUUCGCAGUUUCUCCUCAACCCGCUCUCGACGGCGAUAUCGUCGCCGCCGCCAGUCCCCGUCGCUGGUCCGCCCGACUUGCUCACGCAUCUUCUCACGGCGGACGCGUCUUCUCUGCCGCAUGCGUUCGCUUGUGCGCCCACUCGCCUGCAGCUGCUUGCGUCCGCGCGGGGAGGGACGGAGGAGCGGCACAUCACCGAUGAGGAGCUGUUCGCCGAGGACGAGCUCGAGGGGCUCAUGCGCUCGCCAGAGGAAGCCGAGGCCGUUCGGAUCGCCAUGGGAUGGGACGUCGAGAGCGACGACGAGGAGCACGAUGGUGGGAACGUCCCGGUGGAGAAAUCGUCAGCGAAAGGGAAGAAGCGGAAGAGAAAGUCGCCGGCAGGAGAAGACGUCGAUGAGGGGAACGGGUCGGAGCCACGAGGCUCGAAGAAGAUUAACAUGGAAGCGUUGGCCAGGCUGCUGAACCCGGACGGCGACUUCGAUGAUGGGGAAGAGGAAAUCGGCGUGGGCAGCUACCACGAGGCUGGGAACGUCCAGCAUGGUGCAGCCGGCGAAGAAGUCGUUGGAGAGUGGCGUCCUCCAUCGCCGGGAGGAGGACACUCAGAAGACUGGUUUGAGUUUUGAUAGUCGUCUGUGUGGCUCCGAUCUC